CUUUCCUAUUGGUCUGGAGGAACUGUUGUAAGAUGGCGCCCAGCGAAAUAUGAGUGGUUGAGAAAAAAGAAAAGCUACAGCUAGCCAUCUAACAUAAAUCUGGGAGAAUAAGGGAUAAACAAGUCACAGAGACACACCAGUGGCACCUCGCUUCCCCGCUCGUUGGAAGAGGAGCGACGUUUCGAGGGUAGAGAAGAGGUUGUGGGCGGCUUCAGCCUCGGCCCGUUGAGGAAGAGAGAUCCUCUCCAUAGAAGAAGACACUGUCAGCAGCCAUGAAUAACUCCCUGGAUGGUACGGGCUCCUAUGAGGAGCUUGUGCGGCAGAAGGCUCGGAGCAUCCCUCAGCACCGCAUGAAGGAGUUCCUGGAGUCCUUGGCCAGCAAGGGUCCAGAUGCCCUGCAGGAGUUCAGCCAGCAAAGCACAGAUACGACAACUACCACCACCACCAUGGUCUACCAGCAAGAGGCUAACUGCAUCUACACGGACAGCACGGAGGUGGCAGGGUCGUUGUUGGAACUGGCUUGUCCGGUUCAAGUGCAGGUCCAGCCACAGCAGCAACAGAUACAGGAGUCCACGUCUCAGCAGCAGGCUGUACAGCAGAAUACAGAGCAACAGAUAGUGCAGGUGCAGAUUCAGGGCCAGCAGCAAGGUCAGAUGCUGGGUCAGGUCCUUCAAGUGCCCUCUGGCUCCCAUCAGCAGCUUCAAGGUGUGACCACUGCACAGCUGAUUCAGCCUGGGGAGCUCACAGAGGAGCAACACCAGCAGCUUCAAGCUCAGUUGGUGGCAGCUGUUGCAGGAGGUCAGCAGAUCCAAAUCCAGACAGUGGGUGCCCUCUCUCCCACCCAGCAGCAGGACAACGCUGAGAGGAGGGUGCUAGGAACCACCGUUGCCACGUCACAGGGAGCAGGUGUCCUCCAGCCAGCAAAGAAGCGCAAGGUUGACAUGCCCAUCACUGUGUCAUAUGCCCUGCCCGGUCAGCAAGUAGCCACCGUCCUGGCUAUCCCUCAGGGACAGGGCCAGCAACAGAGUUACGUGUCUCUGCGGCCAGACCUCCUAACUGUGGACAGCUCCCACCUUUACAGCGCUACAGGCACUAUCACCAGUCCCACAGGGGAGACCUGGACAAUCCCUGUCUACUCUGCUCCCGCUGGUUCCAGUGGACGGGAGCAGGUCACACACAUCGCCAUCCCCCAGGAGGCCUAUGGAACAGUGCAGGUUGCUGGGACAAACACUACAACAAUGACUACAAUGCCAACACAAGUUACUGUUGAAAAUGACAAGCUGAAAAUCCCUGCAAGCCAGACUCAGACAGCGCAGGCCGUUUCCAGCAUUACGAGCUCUGGAGGAAUGGGAGGCCAAGAAGAAGUGGUGCACACACUGGCUGCAAACACACUGUUCCCUGCCCAGCUGAUGAAUGGAAACAUCCACAUCCCAGUGGCAGUACAGGGCUACUCCAACGCUACACAGUCUCUUAUCUGGGAUCCACAGCAGCAGGUGCUACACACACAAGGGCUGUCGGGACAAGAUGCACAGCAGCUACAGGUACUAACGCAGAUGGGUCAGACAGUUGUAGCAGAGGUAGAUGGCCAUGGUCAGCAGCAAGUGCAGGUUCAGGAGCUGCUGUUGCCUGCCACUCUGAAGCCAGAAGAGGGGCUGGACGUGUGGCGGCUUUGGGCUCAGAGGAAAAACACAGAGUUAGAAAAAUCAGACAAAAACAAGCUGGCCCCGAUUGGCCGGCGCCAGGCACUGCGUUUCCAGGAGGACCUGGUGUCAUGUGCAGUAGCGGAGCUCUGCAUGGGUCUCUCUUUGAUGACAACAGAGGCUCGGGGGCAUGAAGGGGAGUCUUAUGAGGCGGAUGUUCUCUAUUAUGUAUUUCUGUGCAUACAAAAGUAUCUGUUUGAUAACGGUCGUGUGGAUGACGUUUUCUCAGAUCAGUACUACACUCGCUUCGCUCACAGUCUGCACCAGAUCUUGGAUCCGUGGAGACCAUCUAUUCAUCCGCUAGGUUACGUUAUCCCCAGCCAUGUGACGGAGGAGAUGCUGUGGGAAUGUAAACAGCUGGGAGCUCAUUCUCCUUCAACACUGCUCACAACGCUAAUGUUCUUCAACACCAAGUAUUUCCACCUGAAGACAGUUGACCAGCACCUAAAAGUGGCCUUUUCUAAGGUGCUGAGACACACCAGAAAGAGUCCCAACAACCCCAAAGACAAGAGCACCAGUAUCCGAUACCUGAAGUCAACGGAGAGGUUCAUCGGGCAGAAAGUCACAGACGACAUGUACUCAGAGCAGCUGGAGGAUCCAGAGAACCCGCUGCGAUGCCCCAUCAAGCUCUAUGAUUUCUACCUCUUCAAAUGUCCGCAGAGCGCCAAAGGUCGCAAUGACACCUUCUACCUGACUCCAGAGCCCGUGGUGGCCCCCAACAGCCCCAUCUGGUAUUCAACCCAACCAAUCCCAAAAGAACAGCUGGAGCAGAUGCUCGCCCGCAUCCUCGUCGUCCGCGAAAUCCAGGAAGCCAUUAACAUGUCUGAGAGCGUGCACUAGUGGCACCGCAGGAGAACAAUGAACGGACUACACUCUUCCUCUUCCUCUUCACCCAGCCUUUUGAUUGCUCAUUAUCAGUAGUUUUCUAUUCUCUCACACCCUCUUGUGGUCUUUAAGGGUGGCAUGUAUAUGUUUAUAUUCAUUAUGUGUCAGCAUAUCUUACACACAAAGACUGUACAUACACAUACAGCCAGUACAGAUGAUAAUUUGUCUUAUUGAGGCAAUCUGUCAACCUCACCACCUGUUCUUUUCUUUGUUUUGUUUGGCCAAAGGAUGUAGUGUCUAAUCAUUUUAUUGGACCGGAACUCUUAAUUUAAAUGUUAUUUUAACUGUUGGUCUUCCUCACCAAUAGUCUGGAAUAAUUGUUAAAUUUCUUUUUCCCUUUUUGGUUUUAAUCUGUAAUAUAUUUCAUAUAUAUUUUCACAGGGGGUUGGCCUGCGCUAUGCUGCUUUUACAUAGGCAUCCCUCUUCGUCACUCUUCUUUACCCUCAUCCGCCUUGUUCAAGGUAAUGUCUCACAUAGAAUAUACCUCAGUGGUAUUAAGACGGCAUCAGUUAGCCAAACUUAGGCUAAGAGCUCAUUUCAACUUGUGUGAAAUCUCCCUCUUUCUUUGCGUUCCACUGUCAUCUGUCUUGAGCCAAGUUCACAAGUGAACUCACCGAUCCUGCUUGUUAGUGAAAGCUGCCUGGGCUGUAGCGCCCCUCAGCAGCAUUGAAUCGCAUCAGGACAUGGACUUUUUAUUGCAAUACAGUGUCGCCACUCAACCUGCAGCCACUAGCACUUGCAGAGGAGAGGGCAAAGGAUGCUGACUUCUGCUGGAUCCUCCUUUUUCUCUUUUGUCCGCCCCCAAAACUCACCCCGAAGAGGAAUCUAUUGUAUGAUACGUGUUUAUUACAUGACAGAUGAAAGACGCUAAAAAAAAGGAAAAAAAAGUGGGUUAGCCCUUAAUGUUCUAUAAUGUAUAAUACUCAUAGCUCCUUCAUGUACUGUAAUGGGUUCAGUCAUCUAAGGAGAAUGGCAGUGCCUGUGUGUUUUUGAAACAUGACCUUUUUUGUACAGCCACUA